GCCUCCCUCUGACUUGCCUAAGAAGCCAGACGGAGCCUCUCGCUUCCACAAGUCUCUCUGCCUGCCAUUCCCCCAUUCCUGCAGCCACCCCCACCCUCCAGCGCCGUCACCCCUCCUCCGCCCCCGCCCCCGCCUCCGCCUUCGCCUCGGCAAUCGGGGGAAUAAAUCAGGGAGGAAACCGAGAGGGAGAGCGAGAGCGCGCGAGCGCCGGCGGGCUCGCCGAGGUCUGUUUCCAAAGUCGCCCUUGAUGGCGGCGGAGGCAAGGCGGCCGCGGCGCGGAGCAGCCGACGCACGCUAGUGGGUCCGCCCGCCACCGCCCCUUCCCCGGCGCCCGCUCCCGCCCUUGCCGUCCCCCGCGCGGCUCCGCGCCUCGGGCCCCGGGCGCAGCCGGCCCUCCAGACGCCCGCGGUCCCGGCGGCGUGUGCUGCUCUUCCUCCGCCCGCGGUUUCCAGCGCCGCUCCUUCCCCCGCUUGAGCAGGGAGGGGGCAUUGAUCUUCGAUCGCGAAGAUGGCUGCUGGCUGCCUGCUGGCCUUGACUCUGACACUUUUCCAAUCUUUGCUCAUCGGCCCCUCGUCGGAGGAGCCGUUCCCUUCGGCCGUCACUAUCAAAUCAUGGGUGGAUAAGAUGCAAGAAGACCUUGUCACACUGGCAAAAACAGCAAGUGGAGUCAAUCAGCUUGUUGAUAUUUAUGAGAAAUAUCAAGAUUUGUAUACUGUGGAACCAAAUAAUGCACGCCAGCUGGUAGAAAUUGCAGCCAGGGAUAUUGAGAAACUUCUGAGCAACAGAUCUAAAGCCCUGGUGCGCCUGGCAUUGGAAGCGGAGAAAGUUCAAGCAGCUCACCAGUGGAGAGAAGAUUUUGCAAGCAAUGAAGUUGUCUACUACAAUGCAAAGGAUGAUCUCGAUCCUGAGAAAAAUGACAGUGAGCCAGGCAGCCAGAGGAUAAAACCUGUUUUCAUUGAAGAUGCUAAUUUUGGACGACAAAUAUCUUAUCAGCAUGCAGCAGUCCAUAUUCCUACUGACAUCUAUGAGGGCUCAACAAUUGUGUUAAAUGAACUGAACUGGACAAGUGCCUUAGAUGAAGUUUUCAAAAAAAAUCGCGAGGAAGACCCUUCAUUGUUGUGGCAGGUUUUUGGCAGUGCCACUGGCCUGGCUCGAUAUUAUCCAGCUUCACCAUGGGUUGAUAAUAGCAGAACUCCAAAUAAGAUUGACCUUUAUGAUGUACGCAGAAGACCAUGGUACAUCCAAGGAGCUGCAUCUCCCAAAGACAUGCUUAUUCUGGUGGACGUGCAAGCAUGGGAGGGGAGAGGAAACACAGUGGAAUUUCAGGUGGAAGAAUUGCCAGAAGUGAAGCUGCACAGGAGUGGAAGUGUUAGUGGAUUGACACUUAAACUGAUCCGAACAUCUGUCUCCGAAAUGUUAGAAACCCUUUCAGAUGAUGAUUUCGUGAAUGUAGCUUCAUUUAACAGCAAUGCUCAGGAUGUAAGCUGUUUUCAGCACCUUGUCCAAGCAAAUGUAAGAAAUAAGAAAGUGUUGAAAGAUGCGGUGAAUAAUAUCACAGCCAAAGGAAUUACAGAUUAUAAGAAGGGCUUUAGUUUUGCUUUUGAACAGCUGCUUAAUUAUAAUGUUUCCAGAGCAAACUGCAAUAAGAUUAUUAUGCUAUUCACGGAUGGAGGAGAAGAGAGAGCCCAGGAGAUAUUUACCAAAUACAAUAAAGAUAAAAAAGUACGUGUAUUCACGUUUUCAGUUGGUCAACACAAUUAUGACAGAGGACCUAUUCAGUGGAUGGCCUGUGAAAACAAAGGUUAUUAUUAUGAAAUUCCUUCCAUUGGUGCAAUAAGAAUCAAUACUCAGGAAUAUUUGGAUGUUUUGGGAAGACCAAUGGUUUUAGCAGGAGACAAAGCUAAGCAAGUCCAAUGGACAAAUGUGUACCUGGAUGCAUUGGAACUGGGACUUGUCAUUACUGGAACUCUUCCGGUCUUCAACAUAACCGGCCAAUUUGAAAAUAAGACAAACUUAAAGAACCAGCUGAUUCUUGGUGUGAUGGGAGUAGAUGUGUCUUUGGAAGAUAUUAAAAGAUUGACACCACGUUUUACACUGUGCCCCAAUGGGUAUUACUUUGCAAUCGAUCCUAAUGGUUAUGUUUUAUUACAUCCAAAUCUUCAGCCAAAGAACCCCAAAUCUCAGGAGCCAGUAACAUUGGAUUUCCUUGAUGCAGAGUUAGAGAAUGAUAUUAAAGUGGAGAUUCGAAAUAAGAUGAUUGAUGGAGAAAGUGGAGAAAAAACAUUCAGAACUCUGGUUAAAUCUCAAGAUGAGAGAUAUAUUGACAAAGGAAACAGGACAUACACAUGGACACCGGUCAAUGGCACAGAUUACAGUUUGGCCUUGGUAUUACCAACCUACAGUUUUUACUAUAUAAAAGCCAAACUAGAAGAGACAAUAACUCAGGCCAGAUCAAAAAAGGGCAAAAUGAAGGAUUCGGAAACCCUGAAGCCAGAUAAUUUUGAAGAAUCUGGCUAUACAUUCAUAGCACCAAGAGAUUACUGCAAUGACCUGAAAAUAUCGGAUAAUAACACUGAAUUUCUCUUAAAUUUCAACGAGUUUAUUGAUAGAAAAACUCCAAACAACCCAUCAUGUAACGCGGAUUUGAUUAAUAGAGUCUUGCUUGAUGCAGGCUUUACAAAUGAACUUGUCCAAAAUUACUGGAGUAAGCAGAAAAAUAUCAAGGGAGUGAAAGCACGAUUUGUUGUGACUGAUGGUGGGAUUACCAGAGUUUAUCCCAAAGAGGCUGGAGAAAAUUGGCAAGAAAACCCAGAGACAUAUGAGGACAGCUUCUAUAAAAGGAGCCUAGAUAAUGAUAACUAUGUUUUCACUGCUCCCUACUUUAACAAAAGUGGACCUGGUGCCUAUGAAUCGGGCAUUAUGGUAAGCAAAGCUGUAGAAAUAUAUAUUCAAGGGAAACUUCUUAAACCUGCAGUUGUUGGAAUUAAAAUUGAUGUAAAUUCCUGGAUAGAGAAUUUCACCAAAACCUCAAUUAGAGAUCCGUGUGCUGGUCCAGUUUGUGACUGCAAAAGAAACAGUGAUGUAAUGGAUUGUGUGAUUCUGGAUGAUGGUGGGUUUCUUCUGAUGGCAAAUCAUGAUGAUUAUACUAAUCAGAUUGGAAGAUUUUUUGGAGAGAUUGAUCCCAGCUUGAUGAGACACCUGGUUAAUAUAUCAGUUUAUGCUUUUAACAAAUCUUAUGAUUAUCAGUCAGUAUGUGAGCCCGGUGCUGCACCAAAACAAGGAGCAGGACAUCGCUCAGCAUAUGUGCCAUCAAUAGCAGACAUAUUACAAAUUGGCUGGUGGGCCACUGCUGCUGCCUGGUCUAUUCUACAGCAGUUUCUCUUGAGUUUGACCUUUCCACGACUCCUUGAGGCAGUUGAGAUGGAGGAUGAUGACUUCACGGCCUCCCUGUCCAAGCAGAGCUGCAUUACUGAACAAACCCAGUAUUUCUUCGAUAAUGACAGUAAAUCAUUCAGUGGUGUAUUAGACUGUGGAAACUGUUCCAGAAUCUUUCAUGGAGAAAAGCUUAUGAACACCAACUUAAUAUUCAUAAUGGUUGAGAGCAAAGGGACAUGUCCAUGUGACACACGACUGCUCAUACAAGCGGAGCAGACUUCUGAUGGUCCAAAUCCUUGUGACAUGGUUAAGCAACCCAGAUACCGAAAAGGGCCUGAUGUCUGCUUUGAUAACAAUGUCUUGGAGGAUUAUACUGACUGUGGUGGCGUUUCUGGAUUAAAUCCCUCCCUGUGGUAUAUCAUUGGAAUCCAGUUUCUACUACUUUGGCUGGUAUCUGGCAGCACACACCGCCUGUUAUGACCUUCUGAAAACCAAAUCUGCAUAAUUAAACUCCAGACCCUGCCAAAACAUGAGCCCUGCCCUCAAUUACAGUAACGUAGGGUCAGCUAUAAAAUCAGACAAACAUUAGCUGGGCCUGUACCAUGGCAUAACACUAAGGCGCAGACUCCUAAGGCACCCACUGGCUGCAUGUCAGGGUGUCAGAUCCUUAAACGUGUGUGAAUGCUGCAUCAUCUAUGUGUAACAUCAAAGCAAAAUCCUAUACGUGUCCUCUAUUGGAAAAUUUGGGAGUUUGUUGUUGCAUUGUUGGUGAUUACAUGUGAAAGGGUUCCCCAUACAAUUGUUUAUGAACCAUAAGAAAUAUCUUGAUAUUGACCUGAAAUUUUGACUUGCUGCAAUUUUACUAAGAAAAUCUCUUAGGGGAAAGAAAUUAUUUUUGCCUUCACUUAUUCUUCUGUUAAAAGUUAAUUCCUGCUUUAAGUAGCAAUUAUUGAAAUAUAUAGAGAAAGAGAGAAUUAACAUUGGUCUAAAUUGUUGAAAUAUAAAUAAUGGCUAAUUUUCUAUGAAAAAUUUGCCAUGAAUAAAAUGCCUUAUGAAGAACGGCUUCUUUGCCAAAAAUAAAACACAAUUGAUGACCAAUUCAAUUUUGAUGGGGUAAUGAAUUGAUGGUUUGAAAAUAGUAACUAAGAAAUUAUUAAACUAAAGGUGCUUGAGGGAGAAAUUAGAAUACGUGACAUAUUUCCUCAUAAAUGUAAGCAAGCCCUUAAUAAAUGCUUUGAUGUAAUGUUCCUUUUGUUCACAGUACAGUUAUGUAGUGCUAGCCAGAUAUUUAAAAAUGCUCUAAGAAAAGCUUGUCGGGGGGAGGGGGAAAUGUUUUUCUUGUGAUAAAUGAACUUUGGUUUACCAAGGGUAUUUUGCAUGAUGCUGCUGCUAUUUUAACUUUUCAGUUGUUUUUUCUCUUACUGUAGAGUGUAGUCAUUGAAAAGUUAACUGAGUGAUAUUAUUGUUAUGUAAGAAUCUGAACCUUGCAGUGUAAAUGCACUUAAGUCAUCUUUAAAAUGUUGUUAAACUACUCUGAAUAUACUGUGCAAUGUAAAUGCUGAAUGAUUGGGGUUAGAUAAAUGGUGAAAUGAGAAUUAAUGAAUUUUAUACAGAUUCGUGCUUUCGCCUGAUAACCUAUGUACAGAUAUUUUAAGUACAUAAAUCAGAUUUGACACAUUUAUUUUUUGAAAAGUACAUAUAUGUUCUCAAUGAAGAUUCAUCCUAGGUUUCCUCUUUGUUCGUUUCAAUAGUAGCACAUACAAUCCAAAAGUUCCUGCUACUGCUGCUUUUGCCCUUCCAUUUUAAAUGGUAUGAUCGUUUGGCCAAAAUUUCCAUGCAAGUUGAUAAGGGUUUUACAAUAAUCUGAACAAAUAGGAAACCUUGAAUCUCUAUGUAUGCACAUGAAUACUUGAUUGUGAAUAAUAAAAGUUGUUUUUUAUACAGCCUCAUUGGUGAAAAUGGUUAGUGUAGUAAAUCAGAUAUUUCAUUAUAGACUAAUAUGGUAGCAGAUUAUUUAUGCUUUUAAAAAUUAUUUUCUGGAGCAAACAGUAUUUGAAGAAAAGGUAAAAACUAUGAAUGUGUAAUUCUAAGAAUAGUUAAUAAUUUUACUGAAGGCUGAACGUAUGUAGAUAUUUUUUAUGAUACAAUGCAGUUUUUCUUUUUUUGGAACAUGCCAAUAACUGGUAUGUGUAUAUGCUGGAAAUUUUCUUACAUAUCCUUUUUAAGUCAAAGUUAUUAACAUUAUCCAGCAUGCUUUAAUAUGCUCCACAUAUCAAAGAUAUAACCAAUAAUUUAACAUAGCUUAAAAGAUAAUAUUUGUUUUGUUUUUAGCUUUGCAUACAUUUGUAAUUCCCUCCCACCACCAAUAUACCUUAGGUACCAUUUGUGUACAUUUCUUUAUUUAAGAUUUUUUUUUCAAUAAAAAGGGGGGGGAAAUGGAAUCACUUUGCCAACUAUUGUUCUAAGAGUUGACAUCAGUUACCAUUUCUAAUGCAUUGUUGUGAUUUUGUAGUGUCAUUCAUAACUGGUAUUGACAUUUUAGAAAACACCAAAGUGAUUUAAAAUAUAUGUGGGGAAAAAAACUUCUCACUCUAGUAACAAUGUUUAAAUCAUGUUGUUUGUUAAAUAUUUAAAAGUUAUUGUUCAAUUUUUGCUAGACUAUCUUAAAUCAUGAUAGUGUUGGGAAGGGGGUAUCAAAAUAUAAAAUUGUUAGUUUGUGUAUAUAAACAAUGCACAUUAAAACAAUUGAAUUGCUUCCAGCAUACAACAAACUACCUUAAAAUUAUGUUCAAAAUCUAUUAAAUAUAUUUUCAUGGCUAAUGUCGAGUAUAUGUUUUCAUCAAUUACAUUGUUAUUGUAUUAAUCGUGGUUAAACUUGGCAUCUCUUGGCAGGAUCCUAUUUAAUUUCUGUUGCCAUCAAAAUAUAUUUAUAUGCAUGAGUUUUGCUAUAAACCUUUAUUUUCUGCUAUAAAGUUAUAUAUUAUGACAACCACAAAUGCAAUUACAAAUUGGGUAAGAACAAGCUGAAUAAAAGUUGUUCCCAUGACUAAUAUUAGUCUUCAUGCUUUUAGCAUAUUUUUUAAGACAGUAACACUCAUCCCAUCAAAUUAUUAUAUUACAUUUAGUAUUUUUCUGUGAGUUAUGUUGACAAGAACUUAAAUUAUAGCCUGUUAUUAAUAUUGAUUUCCAAUGACUGAACAGUACAACAGAUCAAUAAAAAAGUUUAUACACCGCUUUAACUAAUUUUUUGUUAUACUCAUGUGGCUUAGUGUAGUCACUAAAACAGAGUUCAAGUGAGCUUGGCAAUGGUGUUGAGUAACAAGAAAGAAUUUUGCAUUAAUGAUUUCUUUAUAUUUUCCUCAUUUAAACAACCAGCAUUACUGCCAAACGCCAACCGUGGUCCAUAUUUGUAACAGGUUUUUAACAUGACAUAGUUAGCAAGUUUGAUUGAUUGAAGAGAUUUUUAGGUCCUGGGCCUAUAAGAUUUUAGUAUGAUCUUUUUUCAUGUUUCUAAUGCUUGAGGCGUUACUGCUUAACUUGGAAAAAAAAAAAACAGUGUUGCUGCCAUUUGUAAGUUUUCCUAUAAUAUUCCUUUUAUUAACUUUAAAACUGGCCUUAUGGGGUUCAAAUAGGCAGUAUCCCUUUUAAGUGACCUUUGCAACCCAAGUGUUACUUGCUUAUUUGAUGCUCUCUUGUAUUUUAAAUCUCAUUUAAAUCUUUGUCUGUGACCAACAAAGCUUAAAAUUUUGUCUUCAUUUAAAACUCUGAAUCUAUUCCAUUGAUCAUGUUAGAUGUUCAAAUGUUUAGUGGUAUAGUCUGACCUAGUGAAACAAAAUGGAUGUUGUUACUUUUUUUAAAGAAUAGAAUGAAAUGACUUUCACUUGCCCAAAAUUUUAAAUAUUUUUUCAUCUAAACUUGUAUUGUUUCCCAUAGCAGAAUGUUAAUAGUCACAGUAAAUUCCUGUAAAGAGCAAACCAAUAUAAUGUUUCGAGUGUUGAAAAAAUUCCAGAUUUUUGAAGAAUUAGACAACUCUUCAUCUACCUUAUUUCUAGUUCACACAGUUAUCUCAAAUUCCACUGAAACUAAUGGGAUACUGUCUUGUGUAGAUGCCAAUUGAGUUUAUAAUGUGACCUAGUAAAGCUGUUUUUUUUGUUGUGUUGUAUGAGUGUCGGAUCAUGCUUUUAGGAAUACUUUUAUUAAAAUGGUGUGCAUUCAUGCAAAAGGCCAACUGGCUUUUGUGAACAAUGGAUCUUUUCUCCCCUUUAUUUUGUUCUCUUGACACUUUUGUGAAAAUUACCUAGCCUGAUAAAAACAUUUUGUAAAAAUUUGUAUAAUACUGUUAUAAAAUAUUUAUAAUCCCAGAAAAUGUUGUGUUAAAUCUUGUGCAAAAACAGUAUAUUCAGAAUAAAAGUUUAUCAUUUAAAGUC